GAUUUUUAAAUCAUAUCGUUUAAUAUAUAUAACGUAUACGUAUACGUAUUAAUAACAGAUUAUUCAUAUGUUUCUGCAUAACAAUGCAUUUCCUUAUCAGACCCAAUGACGUUCCGCGUUCCACUUUCCUCAUUAUAGGAAAACCUUCUCAGACCGCAUCCGUACAUUUUGUCCUUAUAUACAAUUGGUUAUAAGUAUCCUCGUAUAUUAAUAGGUCACACACGCGCAGCAUACAUUUCCAAAAAUUUUCAAAAUAUAAGUGCGUCAUCCAAUAUAUAAGUAGUCCAAAGUAAUGUAGUUAUCAUAUGAGGAAGAGAUUUCCGAGUCGUAUUGUAUAUGUCACUCAUAGAGUUUUACUAUUUUUAAAGAAAAUUAUUUACUGUCAGGUUUUGUUGUUAAACACCACAGAAACGACUUUAAGCCUUCUCUUUCCUUUUUGAAUUAUUUGGUCCAUUUGUCAUACUUUGCUGGAUAAUAAACGAGACAGUCGUAGUAUAAACUAGAAAUAUAACAGUAAAGUAUGAAAUUACUGCGCUGAUCAUGGCUCUUAAUAAUAAUUUCGCGUUCAAGAUCAAGGCUAUAUAUUUAAUGACGCCUUUCUAAUGCUACUUGUUGAUUUGAAGGUUAAAUUAACAAUAUAAUGGUCGUUUGUUAUGAUUAAAAUUAGUUCACUUAUUUUACUACACUAUUAAAAUGGCAAUAAUUAACCUCAUUACUUUAUAUGGUUUAUAUCUGGCCGCUAAUAAAAAAUGAUUUCCUAAUUUCGAAAAGGUUAUAUGCAAACAUCAGACCCAGACCAACCAGCAAUUAAGCUAGCCAUUGACAUCAAUAAUCCUUUCCUGAACUUUAUUAACGACUUCAUUCGAUAAACGGUCGUCGUGUUGUGCGCUCGCGUUGAUAACAAAGCCAGUGUGAAUGUGUUUACGGUAGCGAUAAUAUGGAGAGUGGUGUGCACGCGACGGUGCCGCUGCGUGGCGGGAAGAAAAUGAGGAAAAGGCGAGAGCUGGAUGCGUUAGUGGGCGGUGUGGGGUCCAGGGGUGGGCGAUUGUUAUCAGCGUCCAGCGACGAAGGAGAACCCUGGGGUAGGAGGACAUCCCGUAGACGAAGAUCGCGACCUUUUGUUCGCCUUGCAGCUGCAUUAGCCCUGUGCGUGUGUGUCGUAUCAGCUGCUACAGUGUUAUGGCUGUUUGUAGAUGUUAGGAAGCAGAUUGUGUCGCUGAGAGUGGAAAUGGACAGAGUAUCAACGAUAGGUGGUAACGUAAACGAUGACUUACAACUCUGUCACACAAGUUUCAAGGAGCUGAAGAAAAACGCGAGUGCCUUACAAGAGAGGCUCGAAAAGCUGGAGAUUGCGCAUCAGGCGCUGACAAUGCAGAUGAAUAAGACAGCAAGUGAACUCAUGUCUGUGUCGGAACAGCUGUCGGCGGCGCCGAAACUGGUCGAUACUCCGCGGAGGAUAGCAGAGUUGCAGAGAACUGUCGCUGACUUUGGUUCGCAGAUCAAAGGCUUUGACAGCUCAAUAUCAUCAGCUCAUAAGCAGGCUCUUACAGCAACCUCAGGUGUUGAGGAGCUGAAGAGCUACUUAGUACACCUGGACGAGAGGACCAACGACACGAUAGCUAACGUGUCGGCAAACGUCAAAUUGGACGAAAGCCUUAAGGAACAGAUAGCAAUCUUGAAUACAACGCUUAUGAGUCGAUUGGAUGGAUUGCAAAGCAUCAUUGAUGAAAUUAAUAAGCCAAAAGAGGUUUCAGCAAGUCCAACGGCCCCACCGAGUGCUGUACCUUUUACAUCUAUCACAACGAUAGCGGGACCCGUGAAACCCAGAGUUCUGGAGAUGAAGGAGCCGGCGUCGAGUUAAGUAAUUGCUCAGUUGUCACAAGUACAGUUGCGUCCACGCUACAUACGAGAUAUUUUUGUAUAUUGGUGAAGCGGAAAUGUUUGGGCUCAAAGGUCAAAAUAUUGUUAAAAUUUGAAAUUAAAUUUUAAUUGGGUCGUUUCUCUGUCAAGUUGUAAUGAGAGACCAGUGCUUUGGUUAGAAGUUAUUUUUUUAUAAAGAGUAUUUAUUUGUAAACGUAUUGCCACAAAUGGUUUGUUGUCCCGUUUAUUUACGUUCAAAGUGAUAAGGACGGAAAAUUAAAAGCUAUUUGAGGAUAUAUACGCUUGUAAAUAUAAAAUUUGAGUGCAUGGUGUGAAAUUAAUAUAUAUUUCAACGGGAUCGGUAUUCUGUAACUUCCAAUCGCGAAUUUGAUAGAAUUAUAUCAGAAUAAAAUUGCAUAUAAAAGCAAGUUACAGAGUAUCAGCGCUGAACUUGGAACUGGGAUCUUCAUGAGACCAGUCCAAAAACACAAGUUUAUUGACAGCGUAUUUGAAUGUAUGUAUAGAAAGAGUAGUUACGAAUGGGUUCAUUUAUAGGAACCAGAAAUCCAGUGAGAUGUAAUCUUAAAUUUCCUAGUUCCUAAUGCUCUAGCGAAAUUUAAUUUUUAAUAUCUAUCGAAAAGUUUUUUGAAAUGUUGAGAAAGGAAACCUGAACUCUAGAAAUUGUAAAAUGGGUUAGAAUUUUUCAUGUGUUUGAUCAUCUGACAUGUGACAUCUUUAUUAUUGUCCUCAAACAUGAUCAAGAAAACAGGUUUAACCCUGGACACAGAAUCCUGUUGAUGAGAUAAACAUCUCUUUAACUGUACUAUACUGGAUAAUGUGGUAUCCCGUAUCCAGAAUAUAGCGUAGACGCCUGUUGCACGUAUAACAUUAAAAAAACUGUCGCGUUCUACUUCUAGUCUGAAAAUAUUUAAGUUAAUUCCAUUUAUUUUAAGUUGCCUUGCCACCUUACGAUAAAAUUAAAAAAAAAAUACUACAUAUUGGACGUCCCUUAAUAAAUAGACCGCCUGUUAUCGUUCUUUAGACACAUGUCACGUUGCAAAUGUGACAAAAUGUAAUGACUGAUGGAGAAAGUCAUAUUGAAUCUACCAAAAUUUCUAAAAUAUUUUUCCUCUUAUCCUGUGAGGCCCGUACGUAUUCGUUUAUGUACGUAAUGUACGCACGGAAACGCACGUUACGUAGUCGUUUGUGUACGUAACUUACGCACACAAGCGCACAUACGUGAUAUUAUUUGUAAUUAUAUGAUUGGCGUUCUUAUAUGGUUAAUGUGUUGGCAAGUCAAUAAAUAAAAUUGAUGGAUUUUAAUUGAAUAAAAAUGCAUUAAAGGACGAAAAUUAUCCAUUAUCCAGCCAACGAAAUAGAUCUCAACACGUAAUAUUAAAGAAACGAUUCUUGUAAGACGAUAUAUUAUUUGCAUUUAAAUAUUGUCUUUAUUUCUUUGAUUUAAGGUGCAUUUCAAAAUGAUAAAAAUAUUUCGUUUUGAACACUAUGGUCUGUGUUCUGAUAUUUGUCUGUUUAAUCGAUUUAUGAUUGAAGAUUCAAAGUUGAGGCGCGAGACGGGAGUUACAAUUGGCGUUUAGUCUCGACUGGUUUUACACUAAGUUUUAAACUUUGAAAGACGGUAAACAAAUCGCCAUUAUGGUUUACUUUCUAGAAUUGACAUGAAUUUAGUUGUAAGCUUAUUGUAUUUUUGUAUUUAUUUUAACAUGUAUAUGCCACAAGAGUCGUACACACAUAUUUGUUCUGUUUGAGUAAAUUUUUGUGUAUUCUUCUUGUACGCAAUAAAUGUCUGUCAAACAGUUGUAAUGAUUGCGUGUCGUAGUUACUAUAGUAUAAAACAGAUGUCAAAUUUAGAAAAAGUAUAAUUACUACUUUUGAAUAAACCCGGACGAAAAUCCUUAUAAGGUAAAAUGUUGUAACGAUCUUAUGAUCAUUUUAUAACGACUUGUACACUGACAUAAUCACACCAAUAAGAUUUCUAUUGCCAUCUCACUCAUAGUACAUACCUAAGAGUGAGACGGCUUAUAAUAUAAGUGCGAAACUUGCAAUAACACUGAGUGAGAGGACGAAUGAUGUAAAUAUAAAUGUAUCGAUUCCUAUUUUUAACUAUCAGAUUAAAAAGAUUCGUUAGUUAAAAUGGGAAUCGGAAUUAGUUGUGUUUGUAGUGAGGAGAGACGCACUGCGUGUCAUGCGAGCGUGAAUUUUCUUGUAUUAAAUUAUUGUUAAUAGAUCAAUAAUUAU